AUGGCCCGUAUUUUUGAUGGAAAGCUUGCUCUUGUGUCUGGUGCAUCGCGAGGUAAUUUCAAUCAGAAAGCUUAUUUCGGAAGCCUUCUAACUCGAAUUCCAGGCAUUGGUGCCGGUAUCGCUCUUAACUUCGCUAGCAAAGGCUGCAACCUAGUAUUGAAUUAUACCUCCGAGUCAUCUGAUACCGCCGCUACAGACCUUGCUACAGAGCUUGAGAAGACCUAUGGCGUUCAAGUCCUUUCCAUCAGGGCAGAUAUCUCAUUGCGUUCAGAAUGUGAGAGAAUGAUACAAGCGGCCAAAGACAAAUUCACAGACACCAAGUCUGGGAAGUUUCAAAUCGACAUAGUGAUAAAUAACGCCGCAAUUGCAUUUACCGGACCGUUUGAGGAGGUCAAAGAAGACGAAUUUCACCGUAUAUAUGGGGUGAACGUUCUGGGACCAAUUUUGCUGACAGGUGCUUGCAAGCCAUAUCUCCCGACCGACCGGAGCGGCCGCAUAGUCCUGCUAUCAAGCAUAAACUCCAAGGUGGGCACGGAACAUACAACUCUUUACUCCGGAACAAAGGGUGCUAUUGAAGCUAUGACCCGCGUUUGGGCGCGUGAGCUUGCUGAGCGAGCGACCGUUAAUUGCGUAAAUCCUGGGGCUGUUGCUACCGGGCAAUACCUGGUGGCACCUGACCAUAUUAAGGAGAUAAUCGCUCGAUGGAAUCCUCUCACCCCAUUGGCACCUGCCCGUGAGGAUCUCGAUACCCCUGAGCUUAUUGAACAUGGCGACAAGUUCGGAGGUCGUCCAGCGUAUAUCCAUGAGAUCGCCGGUAUUAUUGCGACUAUUUGUAGUCCUGAAUUUGGAUGGUCAACUGGAGGUAUCAUCUCUGCAAAUGGUGGGCUCUCCUUCAGUAUUUGA